AUGGCCAACUUCCUCGCCUCCAUCUUCGGCACGGAGCAGGACAAAGUCAACUGCUCCUUCUACUACAAGAUCGGCGCGUGCCGCCACGGCGACCGCUGCAGCAGGAAACACGUGAAGCCGUCGUACUCGCAGACGAUCCUGCUACCAUCCCUAUACCAGAACCCCGCGCACGACACGCGAGCGCGCCUAACACCCGAGCAAUGCGCGAACCACUUCGACGCCUUCUACGAGGACCUAUGGUGCGAGCUGUGCCGGUACGGAGAGCUAGAGGAGCUGGUCGUGUGCGACAACACGAACGACCACCUGGUGGGCAACGUGUACGCGCGGUUCAAGUACGAGGACUCGGCGCAGAAGGCGUGCGACGAGCUUAACUCCCGCUGGUACGCCGGCCGCCCCGUCUACUGCGAGCUCAGCCCCGUCACCGACUUUAGGGAGGCCUGCUGCCGGCUGAACAGCGGCGAGGGCUGCGUCCGCGGCGGCUUCUGCAACUUCAUCCAUCGCAAGAAUCCCUCCCCCGAGCUCGAGCGCGACUUGACCCUGUCUACGAAGAAGUGGCUCAAGAUGAGGGGCCGCGACGAGAAGAGCGUUAGUCGUAGCCCGAGCCCGGAGCCCACGCGGAAGCGGUAUUAA